GCUAUGUGGUGUGGGACGACGGCCAGCGGCCGCUGUUCUCGGCAUUGCUGAGUUAUGGCGCAGACACAAACGUGGACUUCGAGUGGGAGCUAGCGAUGACGGGCGCCGACGUGCUAUUGUUCGACCACACGGUCGAAAAUUUGCCUCGGCAGCAUCCAAAGCUCCGCUGGCGGCCCGAGGCGCUGUCGGACAGACCGCUCCCAGGCACCGCCGGUACCUUGGAGGACCACCUGCAGCAACUGCUCGGGUUCGCCAGCGGUGCGCGCGUCGCAUUGAAGGCGGACGUAGAGGGCGCGGAGUUCGCUGCUAUCUUGGCAACGCCGAAGGAGGUCUUGAAGCGAUUCGACCAAAUCUGCCUUGAGCUGCACUGGCUUGGUCGGCCCACACGAAGUGGCGACUACGAGACCAAGGCGCUCGCCUUAGAGAAGCUGGCGGAUCAGUUCGUCCUACUGCAUGCCCAUGGCAACAGCUACGGCGACGUCAUCGACGUGGGUGGUUGCCAACUUCCUGAUGUUUUAGAGGUGCUCUACGUCCACAAGAGGCUGCUGCCGAAAGGCAGUUGGGCGCCCAGCGAUGUGGGCUUGGUACCGAACCCCGUGCUGGACGCCAACAACUGCCAAUUUGU